CGAUCAUCAUCAGCAUCAUCAAUGGCAGGCCAGCCAAAGUCCAUUGUAAGGCGUCUAUCUCAAGUCUUUGUCGAAAUUCCUUCUUCUGCGUUGCAUAAAUCUAACAACAAUAGUAUACCAACUACUAGCAGCGCCACGCACGCUGUGUCCAGCCGCAAACAAAACCCCCUGCGCGCAUCCAUAUCUCAAAACACUAUCAUAAACAAGUCGUCCAAACGCAAAGCAGAUGAAUCGAAUGACAAGCCGCUCAAGAAACCAAAGCUUGAAACUGUCGCAAUCAAGCUAAACACUACGCGUCGUCCCCUCGCGAACGCUACCCCCGACUUCCCAAACGGCUUUCUUUACUGUCACCAAUGUAACAAGAAGCGUGACGCGGCUCUCGCCGUUCAAUGUACGCGUGCAGACGCGAAAUCUAACCGAAGGUGCAUCAGCAAGUACUGCGGCCCCUGUCUCAAGAACCGCUAUGGGCUUUCACUUCAGGACGUCUUGUCCACCAGCACUGUCCCGGCAGCUGAGAAAAAACAUCAUGUAUCGGGCGAGGGGUACUUUUUCAAGUGCCCCCGAUGCGAGGAGACCUGUAAUUGCGUUCACUGCAGAAAGGCAAAGGGCCUUCAGCCCACGGGGAAUCUCACCUUCGCAGCGCGCAAAUCAGGGCUCCAGUCAGCUGCAGAACUUCUCCUGCAAGAUCCAACUGCGGCCGGCCCGAUGUCAGGCAAACCUGUCGCUGAGAAGAAGAUGAGAACAACCAAGUCCGCGCCCCAACCUACUACAAGUGCAAUCAGUAAAUCCAAGUCCAGAUCCACCAAGAACCUCGCGCAUAUACACACUCCUGCACCGCUUCCAGCCCCGAAACCGCUUCCCAAAGCUCUUUGGACACCGGUCCGCACUCACCUCUCCCUGCACGGAGCGGAAGCCCGCAUCUACAUCCGUGAAUUUGCACUUCGUUUCCUCCCCCUAUCACGUUCACACCAUGACGAGCUCGAAUUUUUGUCCCGCUCUCGCCGAGAUUUUGACGAGGAAGAGGAUGAGGAUGGAGAUUUAGAACCCUGGAUCUCAGAGGGAUGCGUGAAAGCACUACUGAUUGCAUUGUUAGGCAUGAUAGAAGUAGACUCAGAGGUCCUCUCCACAACAGCCAGCGCGCUCCACCAGCAAUCAUUCCUCUUUAAGAUUGUCAAUACCCUGAGCACCUUGGGUACCCUCCCUUCCCUCGCUCUUCCAUCUCCUACGCCCGCCCCAGAGCACCUCCUUCAGUCUGUACCGACUAUUAGAACCCGUUCCGCCCGCAUGUUGUCUCACCAUCAGAACGCGAAUGGAAAGAGCAAGGAGACAGACUGGCCCGAAGUAGUCCGCACCUCACAGCUUAUACCUGUGGUCAGCGUCCUUGUAGACCAUGCAACACAAGGACAGGCAGUGAGGGAUGCGAUAGAGGAGGGUGCAAAGGAUGUAAAGGAAUUGACGAGGGAAAGUAUUGAGGUGAAGAGAGCUUUGGAUCGGGCUGAGAAGGAACGAAAGGAGAAGGAGAAAGCAGAGAAGGAGCAGAAGGCUAAGGAUGCAAAAGGGCAGGGCAAAGACAAGAAGGCGAAGGGUAAAGCUGGCGCCACUGCCAAGGAGAAGGAUGCAGGUGCGAAGGACUUGGAGGCCGAACCAACGCAUACUUUGACGCCCCAAACGGCCCUGACCCUUGCCUUAUCGUCCUGCGCCCAGCGCAUCGCACCACUCGGUCGGGACUCAGAAGGCAGGGUGUACUGGGCUCUGAUGCCAGGGCGAGGAGAGAGAGACUAUGCACGCGAGUACCUUGCCUCCAAUAUCGAAGUGGGAGAACUGGCGGAGGGGGCCGCGACGAAGAGCCAUAAAGCCAAGUCGAGAUCACCAUGGACUCCUCCCUCCCUUCCAGAACGUGCGUCGCACAAACGCUGGAGCUGGUUCGUAGCUGUGUGGGGUGUGCGGCCGGGUGUUGAAGAGAGAAUAGAUCCACCAAAGGAUGAGGAUUACUCAGAAGACGAGUCUGAGUCCGAACUUGAUUCUGGGUCGGGCGAGGACGAAGACGAAGACAAUGGCAAGAAGCCACGGAAGAUGAAGACCGAACGUCCCAGAUGGUAUGCUUUCUCAGACCCCGCAGAAAUCUUCAAGCUUGCGGAAUGGGUCGAGGGGAAAGCUGGCCUUAAGUCGCGUUCCAGUUCCUCGGAAAAGUCAAAACCUCAACCUGUAACAGCCUUACCUUCCCGCACGGCAUCCUCGUCGACGUCCCAUGUGGUCUCGUCUUCAAAUACCCACACGUCGGCGUCCAUUUCCCGUGCAGCUUCAUCCUUCAAUUCGCUUCCCAGUAAACUCAGCAAAGCCUCGAAAUUUGCCUCCUCGCACUUAGCUGAUGUUCAAAUGGUUUCGUCAUUUGAGACCGACGAGUCUGAGUUCAGCGAUGAAGACCAAAGCGAGGAUGGUGGUGACAAGCGGGAUGAUGACAUGGAUGUGGAUUCACACAUGGACUUUGAUGACACGCCCCAGCUCCAGUCACUCGUCCGUGAACUUCGCACGUAUGCUGCGUUGUUGAAGAAACGAGCUUAGGUGGAAGCUAUGCGUAGGCCAUCGACCCACGCACUGUUUCACGCGCGUUCUCCUGCGUCGCCUCCAACUGACUUGGCGCAUUCACCAUCGCUUCGUAACAUGCUCCAUUUAUUUCCGUCCCAUAAUUGGUCGAUGCCUUACCCUUAUUCCCUUGGAGCUAAUUGACUGUUCGUUGCGUUGCUCAACCAUUUGUCCCAUUCGUCAUAUAUUACGAGGUUUCGGAACUUCAUAUUCAAUGCUGCGCGCUUUUCACCGCCAUCUUGUCAACUGACUUUGCAUCGCCUCCAGCGGUAUACCUAAUGAUUUAUAUUGCACAGACUUCCAUAUUCACGUUUAGACAUAGAAUAUUUAUACCUAGACAAUGCUCAGGGGUGGAGAGAUUAGACUCACACCUAUUGGGGUCCAGGAACCAAUUAGUACUUAUGUCGCAUUAACGAAAAAAAGCCUAAUUGGAUAAUUUCCUGCA